CGCUCUGGCCGCGCACCCGGAAGCGGCGGCGGGGCCGCGCCAUGGCGGGGACGGCGCUGAAGCGGCUCAUGGCCGAGUACAAGCAGCUGACCCUGAACCCACCAGAAGGGAUUGUGGCAGGUCCCAUGAAUGAAGAGAACUUCUUCGAAUGGGAAGCCCUGAUCAUGGGUCCUGAAGACACCUGUUUCGAGUAUGGGGUUUUCCCUGCUAUCCUGAGUUUUCCACUCGACUACCCGUUGAGUCCUCCGAAGAUGAGGUUCACGUGCGAGAUGUUCCAUCCCAACAUUUACCCAGAUGGGAGAGUCUGCAUCUCUAUCCUUCAUGCUCCUGGGGACGAUCCCAUGGGAUAUGAGAGCAGUGCAGAGCGGUGGAGUCCCGUGCAGAGUGUGGAGAAGAUCCUCUUGUCUGUCGUUAGCAUGCUGGCAGAGCCAAAUGAUGAAAGUGGAGCCAAUGUAGACGCCUCCAAGAUGUGGCGGGAAGACAGAGAACAAUUUAACAAAAUUGCCAAGCAGAUUGUGCAGAAGUCACUUGGACUUUAAGCUCACAGAGAGACUGAAGUGUUUUAUAUUUCUCUCCAUCUGGAAACGAGCAGUGCUCAGUGCUGGUACCAAAAAGGAAAACUUUGUAAAACUAUUGGCCUAGUUCUUAUAAUUUGUUAUUUAUUUACCAUCUCUUUUUUCCCACUGCUCCGGAGAAGCCUCUAGUUCACUCACUAAAUUAUGUGGGAAAUGGAUUUGAUGGUAGAGAAAAAUACAGAGACGAUGCUGUUUCAAAGGCUGCUUGUUGCUGCCUUACUUUGUGGUGCAGAAAGCCUGGAGACUUGGCAAUCUGCAGCCCUCCCUCACCCAUGUCCUGUGGGAGAGCAGUGCUGGUUUGGAUCAUCUGCUGGAAGAAUUAGUUGUGGUUUUAUAGAUAGCAUUGCAUCUGGAGCAGCAGUAGACAGGAAAAAAAUCUCUCCAUUCUAUGAUAUUUGUUAGGUUAAGGGCAGCAGUUGCAAUCAGAUCUGAAGAGUAUAGUUAGCAGGAGAGGCUAUAAAGCAGGGUUGUAGUCAGGGUGUGUUAGCAAAGAAAGGAACUUUGGGGAGUGAGCUGUGAGGACUGGCUGGGGGUCUGGAAUGGGCUGGUGUCACCCUGUACCACUAUGAGUUUGUACUGAGCCUUUGAGUCAGUGUUGGCUUGGCAGAAAUCCCAAGAGCUGCUUUAUUACUCCUUGAAGACACUGAGUUGUAAACUUUACACUCGGAGGCACAAGGUGUAAAGGUUGGAUUGUUAAACACUUUGGUCCAAGUUCACCUGGGCCAGGUAGGUCAUUGGCAGUUGGAAAAUCCAGUGAGCAUGUGUUUGCUGGAUAACUCAUAACUCUGCAGGAAUAUCGGCUCGCUCUGGUGACACACGAGUGCUGGGAAGAUUUGGCACUGCUUUGCCAUUACAGCCUCGCCACCCAUUUUCAGGUGACCGAGCCAAGAUGAGCAUGAUGGACAUACAAAAAUUACCUGUGCCACUCUUGUGUAUCAAAUAGGAGCCAGAGGAGACGGGCUGUUUGCUCGAGGAUGGUACGACGUGUGUUUUGGACUGCAGUGUUGUAGCCAGUGUGAAGGGUGCAGGAAAUACCAGCUGGUCCCUUCCUAAAACUGCUGAGGGGCCUCUGCUGACCUUGCCGCUGUGCAAGCCAAUCUCAUGUAUAGGUCCAAACUUCUCCAGUUUACUACAAGCAAUAACAUGCCCAUUUAUAGCACACGGAAUCCAAUUUUGUUGGCAGCUUUAAACGGGCUAAAUUUGACAAGGGCUGUUUUUUGUUUUUAAAUGUGAAAGAAGCGUGUGACGUGGAAGGAGUCACACCAUGAAGAAGGCUGUACACAGGUGAUCAUGUGCAUGUGUGUGGUACAACUGUUGAGCAUUUCUGUCUUGCUGUCUGUGCUGCAGAUCACGCUUUGCCAUCGUUCUGCCCCUCUGAAGAGUUGUAUUGCUACAACCUGCUGAUUUUACCUCCUUGUAGAAAUAAUUGUGGCUUUGAUGUAAGGGUGGGAGUGGGACUGGACAUAGCUUGGGAGCAGAGAUGAUGAAAUAGUGUUGUACCUAACUAGUAUUUCAAGGCAUACAGGAAAAUGUAGCACUUUACGAACACUGGGAGUGUUUUUUGAGUUGGAGGAGAGGGAGGAUUGCUCCUGGAGUGCUGCAGCCAGAGAGCUGCAAGAACCCCUGCAGAAACACACACAUGGCAAAAGUGGGGUUUGCUUAAGUGCAGAGUGUUUUAUUCAUGUGUGCUUGCUCAUUAUCUUGAUUUUAUGGUGGGAUUUAGUCUGUAUACUGAAAAUAAAGUGAUUCUAUUUUCUCCUUU